GAGCGCGAGACUUGGACAGGGGGCGGGGCAAGGCGGGGUUUAGGCAAAAGGAAGUGGGUGCUGUAGCUUCUGUUUGGUUAAAGUUUCACUUACCAGUUGCUCCUGUUCUGCGAGAUGUUUUGGAUCCCGACCGCGGAUCCCAGUGAAGUCGGUCGCUUAGGGCUCACCUUGAUGGAAUGGUGCUGAGCCGGCUGAAACUACAAUCAGAAAGAAAACUUACAAAACAGAUUUGCAGAGUUGUGUUGGAUCAUUUUGAGAAGCAGUAUGUCAAAGAGCUUGGAGAUUCAUGGAUUACAAUAAGGGACAUCUUGACAUCUCCAUCAUGUUGGCAACAUGCAAUCCUUUUUAAUAGAUUCAACUAUCCUUUUGAGCUAGAAAAGGAUUUACAGUUGAAGAGAUAUCAUACUCUUCUUCAAGGAUAUUUUCCCUACUAUCCUGAAUCAUUGACAUGCUACGUUAGUAGAAUUCCUGGCCGAAUACCUUCAGAGAGACAUCAAGCUGGUAAAUUGAAAAGAUAUUAUCUUCUAAAUGCUGCCUCCCUUCUCCCAGUGCUGGCUCUGGAAAUACAGAAUGGAGAAAGAGUUUUGGAUAUGUGUGCUGCUCCUGGGGGUAAAUCAGUAGCUCUUCUACAGUGUGCAUAUCCAGGUUAUUUUCACUGCAAUGAGUAUGAUAAUCUGAGAUCGAAGUGGUUGAAACAGACACUAGAAUCCUUCAUCCCACAACCCAUGAUGAAUAUAAUAAAAGUGUCAGAAUUGGAUGGCCGAGAGAUAGGAGAUCUUCAACCUGAAAUGUUUGACAAGGUGUUAGUCGAUGCCCCAUGUUCAAAUGAUCGAAGUUGGUUAUUCUCUUCUGAUACCCAGAAGGCAUCCUAUAGGCUAAACCAAAGGAAGGAAUUGCCUCUUGUACAGCUAGAACUAUUAAGGUCAGCAAUCAAGGCAUUGCGUCCUGGAGGAUCACUGGUUUAUUCUACAUGCACACUUUCCAAGGCAGAAAACAGUGAAGUAAUCAGUCAAGUCCUAAAUUCUCAUAGUAACAUAUUCCCAGUGGACAUGAAGGAAAUGGCUAGUGCAGCAUCUCAUGAUUUCACAUUUGCUCCUAGUGGACAGGAAUAUGGGUUGUUGGUGCUUCCAGACAAAGGUAAAGCCUGGGGCCCAAUGUUUGUAGCAAAAUUAAAGAAAUCAGUAUCCUGAACAUAUGUUUUAUAAAUCAUGUUAACAAAUUGUUCUAUUUGUUUUUGUAAUCUGUAUGUUGGAAUAUAUAAAUGAUUAUGCUGAUAUUUUUCUUCGGUGUUUGGAAUUUUAGUUUAUUAGAUUUUAUUCCUACAGGUAAAAUCUAUAUUUGAGGUUUUUUUCUUAGAACUAUAUCAUUAAAAGUUAUUUAAAGUGGUUUUGGGUGGUAUUUUAGAGUUGAGAUCUUUAGAAUGCACCAUAUUUGUGUUUUUUAAAAUGGCCAAGGCAUUUACAUGUUAAUGUUUUGAAUCUUUAAACUUUGACUGUUUACUAGGUGUCUUCUUUGCUCCCUUUUUUAAAAAAAUAGAGUAUUUUAGAUUCGUAUUAAAAAUUGAUUUGUAUUCAGUAUCUAUUUUCCUAAGCAGAACUAUUUCUAAUUCUAGAAAGGUAGGUUUCUUAUUUGCCACCUUGUUUACUAUUAAAGACUAUCUUCUGUUAAUUCCAAAGGCCAA